AUGUACUCGUUGGUUUCAGUUUUUGACACCAGAAUGGGAUAUAUGAUCUCUGGAACUGGUUUGAUGACCGAACUUGCAGGCAACUUACGGUGGAAACUGAAUUCCCUGAACAUAUCUCUCUCAGUUGAAACUGUCUGUGUGUUUACUGCAUCCUCAGCCCUUGCUUCAUGGGCAACUUAUCUUCUGACAAAGGAGAUUAUAAGGGUGCGGGGCCUGGCUUGA